CCAGCAACGCCUUCAGGAUGUCAUCUAUGAUAGAGAUUCUCUCCAGCGACAACUCAAUUCUGCACUGCCCCAGAUGACGGUUGCUGCUGGUACGAGCAUUGAGAAUAACAUUCAAAGGACCAUAUCCUGCCCUAAUGAAUUUGCCGCACUGACAAAAGAGCUGAAUGCAUGCAGGGAACAACUACUAGAAAAAGAAGAAGAAAUUUCAGAACUGAAAGCUGAAAGGAAUAACACAAGACUGUUACUGGAACAUUUGGAGUGCCUUGUUUCAAGACAUGAAAGGUCACUGAGAAUGACAGUGGUGAAACGCCAAGCACAGUCUCCCUCAGGAGUUUCCAGUGAAGUUGAAGUUCUGAAAGCAUUGAAAUCUUUGUUUGAGCACCACAAGGCUUUAGAUGAAAAGGUAAGGGAACGACUGAGGGUUUCUUUAGAAAGAGUCUCCGCACUUGAAGAAGAACUAGCAGCUGCUAAUCAGGAGAUUAUAGCUUUACGGGAACAAAAUGCACACAUUCAAAGGAAAAUGGCAACAGGGGAAGGCCCUACUGACUCAGAGCAUAUCAAAGGCAUGGAACCUGGUCAAAAAGUUCAUGAAAAGCGGCUGUCAAAUGGCUCUAUAGACUCAAAUGAUGAAACCAGCCAGUUGGUGGAACUGCAGGAACUCCUUGAGAAGCAAAAUUAUGAAAUGGCUCAGAUGAAGGACCGUUUGGCUGCACUGUCUGCAAGAAUUGGAGAAGUAGAGCAAGAUGCUGAGACAGCCAGGAAAGACCUUAUUAAAACCGAAGAACUGAACACCAAAUAUCAGAGAGACAUUCGAGAGGCAAUGGCACAAAAAGAAGAUAUGGAAGAAAGAAUUACUACCCUUGAGAAGCGCUACCUGAGUGCACAGAGAGAAUCCACCUCCAUACAUGACAUGAAUGAUAAGCUGGAAAAUGAGCUUGCCAACAAGGAAGCCCUCCUGCGUCAGAUGGAAGAAAAGAACAGACAACUGCAGGAACGUCUUGAACUAGCUGAGCAAAAGCUGCAACAAACUAUGCGAAAAGCUGAGACAUUGCCUGAAGUGGAAGCUGAACUGGCCCAGAGAAUUGCAGCCUUGACCAAGGCGGAAGAAAGACAUGGAAACAUUGAAGAACGCAUGAGACACUUAGAGGCUCAAUUGGAAGAAAAGAAUCAGGAACUUCAACGAGCCAGGCAACGAGAAAAAAUGAAUGAAGAGCACAACAAGAGAUUAUCAGAUACUGUGGACAGGCUUUUGACAGAAUCUAAUGAACGCCUGCAACUCCACUUAAAAGAGAGAAUGGCAGCACUGGAAGAAAAGAAUGUUUUAAUACAAGAAUCAGAAAGCUUUAGAAAGAACUUGGAAGAAUCUUUGCAUGAUAAGGAAAGAUUGGCAGAUGAAAUAGACAAGCUGAGAGCUGAACUUGACCAACUGAAAUUAAGAACAGGUUCUUUAAUGGAUCCUACAUUGUCCAGACCCCACCUUGAUUCAUCAGCAGAGCUGAGGUACUCUGUAGGCUCGCUGGUUGAUAGUCAACAAGAUUACAGGUCUACUAAAGUGAUACGAAGGCCUAGAAGAGGCCGUAUGGGCAUCCGGAGAGAUGAGCCAAAGGUGAAAUCCCUUGGAGAUCAUGAGUGGAACAGAAGUCAACCAAUUGGAGUUUUGAGUAGCCAUCCAUUUGAGAGUGACACUGAAAUGUCUGAUAUUGAUGAUGACGACAGAGAUACAAUUUUUAGCUCCAUGGACCUUCUGUCACCAAGUGGGCAUUCUGAUGCCCAAACCCUUGCUAUGAUGCUUCAGGAGCAACUAGAUGCAAUCAAUAAAGAAAUCAGGUUAAUCCAGGAGGAAAAAGAGUCGACUGAACUACGUGCCGAAGAAAUAGAAAACAGAGUAGCCAGUGUGAGCCUAGAAGGUUUGAAUCUGGCCAGGGUGCAUCCUGGUACAUCUAUUACUGGCUCCAUUACAGCUUCCUCACUUGCAAGCUCUUCUCCUCCUAGUGGACACUCAACUCCUAAACUCACUCCACGCAGCCCAGCAAGGGAGAUGGAUCGGAUGGGUGUCAUGACAUUGCCCAGUGAUCUCAGGAAGCACCGGAGAAAGAUUGCAGUAGUUGAAGAAGAUGGACAUGAAGAUAAAGCUACAAUAAAAUGUGAAACCUCUCCACCGCCAACACCUAGAGCAAUUAGAAUGACUCAUACACUACCUUCUUCAUAUCAUAAUGAUGCCAGAAGUAGCUUGCCUGCAUCCUUGGAGCCAGAAAGCAUUGGUUUUGGCAGUGUCAGUAGCAGCCAGGAUUCCCUACACAAAGCUCCCAAGAAGAAAGGAAUCAAGUCUUCAAUAGGACGCUUGUUCGGUAAAAAAGAGAAGGCUCGACUUGGACAGCUCAGAGGUUACAUGGAAACAGAAGCUGCAGCACAAGAAUCUCUGGGAUUAAGCAAACUUGGAACACAGGCAGAGAAAGACCGAAGACUAAAGAAAAACACAUCUGGGCAUGAACUUCUGGAAGAAGCUCGGAGGAAGGGCUUACCCUUUGCGCAGUGGGAUGGGCCUACGGUGGUGGCAUGGCUAGAGUUGUGGCUGGGAAUGCCUGCGUGGUAUGUUGCCGCUUGCCGCGCAAAUGUGAAAAGUGGAGCCAUUAUGUCUGCGUUGUCAGAUACUGAAAUUCAGAGAGAAAUUGGGAUCAGCAAUCCUCUCCAUCGCUUAAAACUCCGUCUGGCAAUCCAGGAGAUGGUUUCUCUCACCAGCCCAUCAGCCCCUCCAACAUCUAGAACGCCCUCAGGCAAUGUUUGGGUGACCCACGAAGAAAUGGAAAAUCUUGCCGCCCCAGCUAAAACGAAAGAGAAUGAGGAAGGCAGUUGGGCUCAGACUCUGGCCUAUGGUGACAUGAACCAUGAAUGGAUUGGGAACGAGUGGCUUCCUAGUCUAGGAUUACCACAGUAUCGAAGUUACUUCAUGGAAUGUUUAGUAGAUGCAAGGAUGUUAGAUCACCUGACAAAAAAAGAUCUCCGUGUACACUUAAAAAUGGUGGAUAGCUUUCAUCGAACAAGCCUGCAGUAUGGAAUAAUGUGUUUAAAGAAACUGAAUUAUGACAGAAAAGAGCUAGAAAGGAGAAGAGAAGCCAGUCAGCAUGAAAUAAAAGAUGUGUUGGUAUGGAGUAAUGAUCGAGUCAUACGCUGGAUACAAGCAAUUGGAUUGCGAGAAUAUGCAAACAAUGUAUUAGAAAGUGGAGUUCAUGGAUCGCUCAUUGCCCUGGAUGAUAACUUUGAUUAUAGCAGUUUAGCUUUAUUAUUGCAAAUUCCAACACAGAAUACACAGGCGCGACAGAUCCUUGAGAGGGAAUACAACAAUCUGCUGGCACUAGGAACAGAUAGACGACUUGAUGAAAGUGAUGACAAGAAUUUCAGGCGUGGCUCUUCCUGGCGAAGACAGUUUCCUCCACGUGAAGUUCAUGGAAUCAGUAUGAUGCCUGGCUCUUCAGAAACACUCCCCGCUGGGUUCCGGUUAACUACAACAUCUGGACAGUCACGAAAAAUGGCAACUGAUGGUAUGAUGCUAAUGCCUACUUUCAAACUCAAAGUGUUUGUGCAUUCUGUUCCUUUGCAGAUGAGAAUGUACUGGCCUUACAUAGCUUGGCCAACUUGCAAAAUGUGCACAGUCAACAUCUAGAACAGAGCAAAUUAAAGUUGAAUAGAUGGAAAAAUUCAGUAAGUGCUAGACAGUAUAGAUACUGCCUAAGAAAGCAUUCAGCCAUUGUAUUUUGGAUUGAAUUGAGGAAAGAAAUGGUCAGAUGGGAGAGAGUCAGCCUGAAAAAAUUAUUUUUCCUACUUGUAUGCAGUAUCCACCCCUCAGACAUUUUACCAGCAAUGAUACCUGAUGCUAGGGAGCUACAGUUCAUGGGAUGAGGUGGCAUAGUCCCACUGCCAAGGCACAAUAGAUGAUCUUGCUUAGAGAUCCAACUGUAGUUUUUGUGCUCCAACUCUCAGGACAAUGUAUUGGGACCUGCUGGGCCUGUCCAGUUUAUUUGCAUAGCAGCUGAUAGGCCUCUCAUGCUGCCUGAUGCCAAGGCAGUUGUUAAAGCUUGUACAAGCCUUUGGUUAAGAGCCAAAUAGCUUUGUUUUCCUCUCAGGUAACUGCCGGUAGUGCUAGAGUAGCAGCAUUUUCAGAGAGCCAAUGUGGGAAGAAGUCCACUUUCACCAACCCUGUGGCAUGUGCUAAAUCUGGAUUCAACUCACUUUUUAUUAAACAGUUUAUGCUAAGUAAGAUUAUUAACAAAUAUGAUUAAAUGUGGGAGGGUGAGGAGAGACAAAUCAAGUGAUUAGCGCUAAAUAAGCUUAAGGAAUUAGGCCAAAAUAGAGUAUCUUGCAGAGUGGAUAACUUAUCUUACCCCCCUCCCCAAAAAAACCUGGACAUUAAGAAGAAGAUCUUUCCUCCUCCUAAUCUCAAGAUUCUUCUUGCUGGGGUUUUUCCUCUCUUUUUCCCUUUUUGUUCUGAAUUUGCAGUUGCUUCAACGCGGUUGCAGAGGCUAGACAGUUCUACAGUUCGCACAUACUCAUGCUGACAAGGCUAGCAUGGAAAAGAGCUCUGAGCUGACCUAAUGUGAGUAUUUAAGCAUGGACUAUGAAAGCUGCAUUACUUAGUAAGAAUAACAUCCAAGUAAUAAUUGCAGUGGGUGUGGGAUUCUCCUGUGGGCUCAAGACAUUUGAAUUCGUAAGACUAGUUUUCUCGAUGACAGUAAACCUACAUCUGGGCUGUACCACUUGAGAGUGCAACUGGAGGUUCAUCUGAUGAAAUGGUUCUCCACCCAAAAAUAUUCUCCCACACAGAAACCAGCUCUCAAUAAGAGCUCCAGCCCAACCUUCUCCCAGAUGUCAAGUUUCUAUGUGGAGUAAGCCCCAACUGCAAUCCGAAACAGCAGAGUCUAGACACAAGUUUACUAUCUCAAGGAGAACAACUUGUACCAAUAAGCAAGUAAAUGGCAGUUCUUUCAGCUCCCUGCUUUAAUUGCUGCCAUCUCUUCUGCAGGUUGUUUGGCAUAUACAGACAGUGCAAAUCUAACUUCCACAAAGUAUAUUCACACAGCCCUGUUGCCAUUCUGUGAUCACAGUAACUGGUGAAAGAGAACAGGAUAAACAUCAACCGCACACCAGUAGCAUCCACAGGAUUGAAUGCAGGUGGUCAAAGGGCUAAAAGAAAGCAGCUGUCUCUUAAGGCUGGCUUCAUCUAGCAUCCCACACCCAUCCAAGCUGUGAUCUGACCAUUUUUGAUACUACCUGUAUUCAUAUGACAGGUAUUGCUACUUCCAAUAAUUUCUUUUCCCUGUGCCUUUAGAAUAUCAAAAUACAGGAUAGGUUUGGAAGCAAACCUGUAUUUUUGUUAGGCUUCACACCAAAGAUUGCCCAGUCUGCUGCUAUUACUACAUGCCCUUAGCCACUGCUGGAGAAUCAGAAAAUAGUAGAAAAUACAAGCCACAGGAUCUGGGGCAAAACUGUGGGUUGAUUCCAGACUUAGAGCAGACCCACUGAAAUCAGUGGAACAGAGUAGUCAUGGUUACAUUGAUUUUAAUGGCCCUGCUUGAUGCAUAAAAUAAGUCUGGAGUUAACUGUUUUGUUUUUUUCUUUUAUACCUUUCACACAAAAGUUGUUAAGUGAAAUUUGGAAGAAUUACUCCAAGUGGUAAACAAGAAGGUUCCAUGGCUGACCUUAUGAAAAGCUCCUUGUUCAUUAAGUGGUAACAACAUUAAUUUACAGACCAAUGCUAUCAUCAAACCUCAUGUUUUCCAACAUUCUUCUUAAAGAACAAUACUAAAAUAUAUAUUCAACCAACUACCCUUCUUACAAAAAGUAACCUGGGUAUUUUUUUUAAUAAACUCAGCACUGCACAGAAGUGGCACACAACUAGGAAACAAUGCCCUUUCAUUUCACAUUCUUUCCAUUAUCCUUUUCUCAACUGGAAUGUUGACAGCACAAUCUUUUACAUUCUACUCAGGAGUCCCACUGAAAUCAAUUACUCCCAGGUAAGUAUUAUGGAAGUGCCACUUUACUAUACUGAAACUUCUGUUUAUCAUACAAAGGCUCAAAUUCCAAAACAUUUCUUUUCACAUAGAAUGCAACUUAGCAUUAUUUAGCUAACCUGUAUAUGUUUUAGUUCGGUGACCAACUGUUCUAUAGUGCUUUGCUGCACUAGAAGGGUUAAAUUUAAUGUGUCCUGAAGGUGAAUGUGAUAGUUUUACUGUUUCACAGCACUAUCUGUUGUAGUGGUUAUAAAACGUUCACAUCUCCACACUUCGCAGCGCACAGUAGGAACUGCAUGCUGUGUUCUGCCCACCCGUUGUUUAAAGGCCCUGAAGCAUCAUGGGGUCUUCUACCUCAAUCCUUCGCCGCUCUCAUCAGCAUCCUGCUCUGCCAGCCUUAUUUAGGCUCCCCUGAAUAUAGAAGCUGCCGUUCUAAUAUUAUUGAUCAUCUGAAAUGAAAUGAGCCUAUUACUUAAAACGUGGUAAAGAAGUUCAUUACUGAAAUGCUAUUUUCCCCACAUCUCUAGAUGCCACCUCUUUCUUCUACUUUACCUGAAGUGCACUAUCACCAUCUUAAGAAAAAGAAGCUUUUUAUUCCAAGAACAGGGUAAUAGGGAAGACAAUAUAAAAUGUUUAUCAGACUAAAAUGUGUGGUGAUCUUUUUACAUAUUAAAUUGUCAUGUGCAAUCUGUCAAGUACUACUAUCACAGGACUCAUACUCAUUCCAUUGGAGUUCAUGUAGGAUUUGGAUACAAACCCCACUGAAAUGACGGAAGAAUGUGCAGUAGAAGUACUGGCCAGACUGCGCUCACUGGGUAGUUCAAGGCAGAAUAGUUGCUAAUUAGUUUUUAAGAAUAAAUCCCAAUGUAUCUAUCAUAAAUCUGGCUGAACUGCAGAAACAAUGCUUUUAUCUAAAGAAGACACUCAUUUUUAAACCUAUUUCAUCUGUUUUAUUGUAAUAUACUAGAAUUUAUGUAUUUAUUGUGUAUGUAUUUCUUUUUAAUAUGUGUAAGUCUCAUGUAAAUGGAUAUAAAUAUGAUUUUUAAAAAAAUUAAAGCUAUGGUACAUGGGGUCUUAGUGCAAACACUUGACAAUACAGUGUAAACAAUACUGUUUGUAUCUUUCCAUUCCACCAUUUUUACAGUUUUGAAUUGUAGCAAAGUAAAUUGGAUAUGUCUAGCAGAAUUCUUAGAUGCUUCAACAUGUUCCUACUUUUUAAAGAAGCCUGUCAAAAUUUAAAGCUCAACACCUGCCUCUGAUGAUGUACAAUAGAAAGAUUUAAACAUGGAACUUGAGCCAAAAAUGGACCUAUAAAGGCAAAACAGAAUUGUUAUAUAUACUUGUAGAAAAGCACUGUGAUGGCUCUCCUUUUUAAAAUCAACAUGAAGAAAAAACUGUUUGCAAGAGUCAAAAACACAGGAAAUUAAAGAGCAAGAGAGAGAGAGAGAGAGAGAGAGAGAGAGAGACAUUCACUUCAAUACUACUUAUGGACCAAGAUGCAGCUAGUUUUGCUAGGCAUCACUUUUUUCCUUUCAAAUUCUUUACAUACCAGCCAACACUGGUCUAAAAAAUAACAUCAAGGGAAAAUAAAUCUAACCUUCAAGUUUUCAGUUGUUUAAAAAUGCCCUCCAUUUCCUCAUAAUAAUAGGGCAUUAGACAGCUGUUUGCCUAAUGUUACACUUUUAUCCAAGAUGGCCUUGCUGAGACUUCACUGAAGUCAUUUAUCAGCGGAAAUAACUGAAAGACAGAACAGUUACUAUAUAAUGUAUAAAAGUUUAGAUGAGAAAAUAUUAUCUGCUGUGGCUUUAUUUGGUGGUGUUAUUGAUGUUUAUUCUUUGUUUAUAUGGGAAGUUUCAAAGUAAGACCUAUUUAAAAAUGUAAUUUACCUACUAUUUGCUAAUCUCCCACUGCCUGAUCCUAGCUUAAGACCUGUCUUUUGGUUAUUCCUUUCAGCAGGCUGAUCGGCAAAACAUCUGCACGUACAUUUGUUUUACUGAGUAUUUUUUAAAUUUAUUUAAACAGACUUCACUUAACCAAAUGGUGACAGAUUUUUUUUCUCCCCAAUUGUCAAUAAAAGAAAAUCACUACUGUUUUAUGUGUUCAGUCUGUGAUAGAGCUGCAUGCCAUAGUUUCCAGUGGAACUUUUAGAGACUAACAUCGCUUCAGGGAUGACUAUAAAUGGAACACUUUAGAUUAACAAGCAACCAACAUGUGUGCUGAAAGACAAUAAUGCAAACAGCCACAAGAUGGUGUACUGAAUGUUGUGCUUUAUAUGACCUUAACAGACCAAAAAGCUGCUAAGUGCACAGUUUCUUAUUGAUGGACUUUUUACAUGGCCACCAAAAUAUAGCUCAAUCCACUGAUUUCUACAAACUUUAACUUGCUGUGGCUUUACUUUUGGCAGUUACAUUGGGAUUUUGAAACGCAGUGCAUAGUGUGUCUUAAGGUGCAGUGCAAUGCAAGAUUAAGGCAGAAAAACAUGGCUGGCUGGAGGGAUGCUGAGAGUUAGCGGACCUUUUUCCUGUUUAAAUGAGUAUAAUUUCGUACACUUUAUGUUCUAAGUGCUUUUUUGAACCACAUACACCUGAAACUAUUUUUGGAAGAAACGGGACACUCAAUUUUAUCUUACAUUUUAUCCUCAUCGUGUUUUUUUAAACAGUUUUUAAUAUAAUGAAAGCUGCUAUGAAGGAUGUUAGUCUGGCAUGGACAUAAAGAGUGAUGCCAAGUGGCAACUGGGGGAGAAUUAGAAUGCUAGUGGAGUGGCCAGGUGACACUGAAGUGACCCAGUACUGGAAAAUACCUGCAAUUAAGUAGCGUGGUUCCCUAGGAGUACCUGUCAGGUACAUUGGUGCACUGUAAAGUCAUCAGUCAUUUCUACACUACCAGAGAAACCUGUAGAACAAAGUGGCAUUGCUUUUGUAGUUGCAUAAGAUUCAAGCCACAUUGUACAGUCCCUUUGCAUAAUGUUCACUGUGAUAUCUUAAUAGACAACUUUAAAAGAAGUUGAUAGUGCUACUCUUUGAGAGACGAGCUACCUACCAAUAUGGGAAACCAAGUGAGUCACACUUAAGGUAAAGGUUUCCCCUUGACAUUAAGUCCAGUCAUGCCUGACUCU